CAGUCCUGACUUUUCAUGGUACUUGCUUGCGAAGUUUCAAUGUGGAGUGGUGGAGUGACAAUGUUUGCAAAUCAAGCGUUUUGUUCAUGGCGACUCCUGCGCAACGCUACCGGCGUCCUCUUCAUAUGCUUGCUGUCUCUCAGCUUUCUACUCCUGCCCCGCGAUCUGCUGCGCAAACCCAUGUUUCUCGGGUCUCCGGAGGUGCAUUCCGCUUUAACGAACGAAGAGACUACAGAAGCAUCCAGCCGUGCGGAUGCAGUGCAACCUGUCAAUAGGGAUUGUGUCUGGGUUGAGCCAGAUGUGGAUGCGGCCACUGCUCAUAUCAAGCCUCUGGCCAAACCAGAGUUCCCACUCCUCGAAGCCUGGCUAAAAGCGGAAACAGCAAGAUAUGGUCCUGCUCCUUCCGAGAUCCCAUCAGUUCUCUUGGAUGACUAUACAUUUAAUGGGAGUAUUCCUGUAGUUCAGCGGUAUUUUGAUCAGGCCUAUCUUGGCAAUAAAGCUCUCGUAUCAGAUUGGACCAAGGAACAAGUGGAACUUUACCGGCAAGGAGUGCGCAAGAAAGUAGCCGGGUUCAACUAUCCCAAUGAGCCUAUUUACGACGUGCUCAACGCCCACGCAGCGGUCGCAGUCAAAGGCAAACGCGGCCUUGUCAUAGGCUCAGAGAAUCCGUGGCUUGAAGCCUUCUUGCUUGAAUAUGGCGCGGAACAUGUUACCACUCUAGAGUUUGGGUCCAUCGACUCAAAACAUCCUCAGAUUACCACGUUCACACCGAAGCAGUUCUCGCUGGGAUUUAUUCAGGGUUCAAUACGCCCUUUUGACUUUGUCUUCACGUACUCCUCUCUGGAGCACGACGGCUUGGGACGCUACGGCGACAACUUGAAUCCAUCCGGUGAUCUCCAGACGAUGGCCAAGAUGCUGACAGUUGUCAAACCUGGCGGCUUCAUGUUCAUUGGCGUUCCAUGCUGUUUUGACCGGCUCGAUUGGAAUGCUCACCGUAUUUACGGGCCUUUGCGACUGCCAAAGUUGUUUGCGGGAUGGAGAAUUCUCGGAGUGUUCCCAAAGGACGCAAUGACACGCCCUGUCACCUCAGAUGAAAUCUUUCAGCCGGUCUGGGCACUGCAGAACACAUUCGGUUGUAAGAACGGAGAGGUAUCAUUGAGUAGCCUUCCUUGGCAAUCUGCUGCUAAUAGCAGUGUUUCUGUGGAUCAUAGUCCUGCCAUUCCUACGGACGUGACAAACCCUCCGAAGGUGCCCGUGUCAGUCUAUCCAGCCGAUGCAGAUGCGGGAAAAGCAGAUCUAGCGAUUUCGGAAACAUUCAAUGUAGUUCACAAUUUUACUGGAUUAGGCGCCUUAACAGCGGAUCGAGUGAAGCAUCGGCUUGGCCUCGAUCGGAUGCUACGCGAUUACGAGCAGUCUAUGCAAACAGCGCGAGCCAACCCACGGACAUCGCGUUGGGUUGUGUUAGUUUGCCGAAGCACAUAUUGCGGGGGUCUUGGGGAUCGAGUGAAAGGAGCGAUUACAUCCGUAUACUACGGUGUAUUUACCAACCGGUCGCUCGGUAUUGAUAUAAGUUUCCCGGAUGCACUGGAAGAUUAUCUCAUACCGGCAAGCUUCGACUGGAGAUUCGACAAGUCUUGGGCUACAGGCCGAAAGACCAUUGAAGUCAGUCUGAUUGACUUGGUCGACACAACUGCAAACGCCAAGAGUCUUUAUGAAAAGCCUGACCCGUGGAUUGAUGCUGAUAUUGUGUACCUGCACGCGAAUAUGGAUCUCUUACACCUCAUGCUUCAAAACCCAUAUUGGCGGCCGCUAAUUGAGUGGUACUCGCUCCUUACCUUCAACCGCGAAGCCUUGUUGGGAACCGUGAUACGUGCGCUAUUCGCACCUUCACCACCGCUAAAGCAGAUGUUGGAAGCUGUGCGCAGCGAUAUCGACGGCUACAGAUCUGCCAUUAAAAUCGGUAUUCAAUUUCGCGCUGGCGGCGGUACGGGGGAGCCAGCGUUUGCGGCUGACGUUGCGGGUCGGAUGCCGCUCGACGCCUCCGUAUGUUACGUCGCACGCGGAGUGCAGUUUGCGCUUGAUCGAGGGCUUCGCAAGAGCGAGGUUAUCUUCUUCAUAACCGCAGAUUCUACACAGGCACAGAAGACUCUGAGCCGAUCACUCACAUCCCUUGGAUACAAGUCGUUCGCAAUUGCUGGUCCGAUAACUCACAUAGACAAGACGCCGCAGCUGGACGUGAACGCGCACAAACGAACACACUGGCGCGCUUAUCUCGACUGGCUUGUCCAGUUGGAUAUGGACUACCACGUCGUCUCAAGAUCAGGAUUUGGGGAAACUGCACUCUUUACAACGCUUAGACCGAGUGCAAGAGUAUUUAGGGGUGGCCCUGAUCAGAUUUGUACAGUAUUGGACGGUAGCGACCAGUCCAAGUGGCCGGUGGUAGGUAAUUGGACAGAAGUUGGCUAUGGCUAAGAUUGGGCUUGUUAGAAGAGAAAUUAAAUUAGAUAUAUUGAUUUUCAUGUAUUUAAAACUGGUUUUGCAGUUAACAGGACUUUGGCGCAAGGCCUUGCUAACCACCAUAUGGACGUUAACGUUCCGUGGUUCC